AUGCCAGAGUAUACGAUGCCAGACCCGGGCCAGAGCAGGGCGCCGAGCUACACCGGAGAUCCUGAAACACUGGAAAGGUUCUUUGACGAACUAGACCGCCAUGCAGAAAGGAUACCGGACAUAGAUGACCGAGCAAAGGUAAUGUAUGCGUGCCGAUACGUUGGAACCACUGAGUAUAGGACAUGGGCCCGCAUCGCAAAGGAGCACCUCGACAACUGGAACGAAUUCAAGAACGCCAUCUAUGAGCAAUACCCGGGUUCGCGGGACAGCGAAACAGCAGACCUCUCAGAACUCCUCCAACUCAUCGAAGAAACAUCCAAGAUCGCAGUCAUGACGGUCCCGAAGCUAGGUCAAUAUCAGCGCAAGUUUACUAACCUCGUGGUAACGUUACAGGAAUCGGAAACCGUUAGCACCCGCCAAGCGGUCGACUACUUCCUCAGUCCGUUUCCAGAAGACAUCGUCGCGAAGGUAGACAACAUCCUUCUCGCCUGGGAGCCCAAGAAGGCGCGAAAAGAGGUAUACACGCUGCAGAACGUCUACAAGGCGUUACUUUUCAUCUACAACGGCGGACUAGGCCUCACGAAAGCAUCAACCGUCCGCUCAGGAAGCACACCGCCACCAGCGAUAGCCGUCAAAACCGAACCUGAUUUCCAGCUCAUGAUGCGGACUGCAGUCCAAGAAGCGAUGUCCCAGUUCGUCUCUCAACUCUCUCAGCAACGAGUAGCGGCGGCACCAGCUACUCCAUCGACUUCACAGGCUCCGCAACAAACAGCGACCACGGCACCAGCAUUACGACCCCCACGACCAUCAGGAUGCCUCUUUUGCGGCGGACAAGAUCACUAUCUGCGAUUCUGCAAUGAGGCACGUCGGUACGAAAGCGAAGGUCUGAUGAAACGAAACGAGAACAAUAAGUAUGCGACGCCGACAGGAAUAGAAAUCAACCGCGCCAUGCGAGGAACAUUCCUCAAAGAACAGAUCGACAACUGGCACAUCGACAACCCUGGUCACCGAGCAACUUCUACGGCAACGGCGUCAUCUAAUAUUGUUACUGUCAGCCACGUACAAACAGCGGAUUCGGACACUGACGCAAAAGUAGCGGAACUAACAAAUGCGUACCAGUUAUCUAGCUCCGAGGUAGCAAAUCUACGGCAAAUACUUGCGAACGGCGUCAAUCGCACCAAGAAAGAGUCGCGAAACCCGACAGCAUCGGCAACAAUCACGCAAGACACGGCUACUAACCCUCGUACCUCCCACAGAUAUCAGUCAAGUAUUGAAGACCCGAAGAUUGUAGAUGCGGUUAUUCAACGAGCGCUGCAAGGAACGGUCCAGAUGGACAUGAAGGAGUUGCUAGCCAUAGCCCCCGACGUAGGCAAGGGCAUUCGAGAGCAACUGCAGCCCAAGCGAGUCCCCCAGGAGGCAACGGUCACCAUCCACACCUGCGAACACUGUAAAGCGCCAGAAACGCAAGACGAAGACGAUGACGCCGGCAUCGCAUCACUCUAUCAAGUCGAUGACAAUGUCAAGGUCCCCGUCGUCCAGUCCUUUCACAAUGCUAUUGCCUCGGCCCGCUCAAUCGAACCCUUGCGAGUAAUCUAUCCGGUCAUCGAAGAAAAGCUGCGCGUAGAGGCCAUUGUUGACUCAGGAUCUGAGAUAGUUGCGAUGCGGCGCGGCGUCUGGGAACUCCUUAACAUGGGGGUUUCUUUAGACGAAGGAUGUACUAUGGAAUCAGCUAACAGCUCUCGGGAUAAGACUUUAGGUUUAUUCAAGAAUGUUCGGUUCGAUGUCGCCGGCAUACGGAUAUACGUACAUUUCCAGAUCGUCGAAAACGCGCCAUACGACAUCCUCCUCGGACGACCAUUUCACUGUGUAUUGUCGGCUAUCACCCAGGAUUACCCAGACGGACGUAGCGACAUCACAUUACGAGAUCCAACGACAGGACACCGGCAGAUGAUUCCGACAGGCUUACGACUGAGACGACCCCCAGAGCCAGUUGAACAGUGCGAAGCUUUUCACAAGUCGAUGAGCCUUUAA